AUGACGAACUUUAAAAUCGACAUUGUUUCGGAUACUGUUUGUCCUUGGUGUUACGUUGGCCAUCGACGUCUCUCCAAAGCCAUUGCGCAACACACCCAGUCCAAUCCCGCUGACACCUUCUCCAUCGCAUGGCACGCUUUCUACCUCAACCCGGACGGCGCGCCGUAUCCAGGUGUCAACAAACGCGAAAUGUACGAGACCAAAUUCGGCGGGUCGCAGCGCGUCAAUGCCAUGUUCUCGAGACUGAGCGCCGUCGGUGCCGCUGAGGGCAUCAACUUUGCCUAUGGCGGAAACACCGGCAAGACCAAGGACUCGCAUCGUCUGGUGUAUUUGACCGGCAAAAAUUAUGGCGUCGAGAAGCAAGGCAAGGUCGUGGAGGCUUUGUUCAAGGCGUACUUUGAGGAAGAGAAGAAUAUCACCGACAAGGCCGUCUUGUUACAGGCAGCCACCGAGUCCGCAGCUCAGCUGCCCAAGGAUGUUGUGCAGGGCUGGUUGGAUUCCGAUGAGGCUGGCAAGGAGGUUGAUCGCGAAGCAAACGAGGCCAAGGCCAAGUUUGUCACAGGUGUCCCCAAUUUCACUAUCCAGGGGAAAUAUGUCGUUGAGGGCGCAGAGGACCCAUCACAGUUCUUGGAAGUUUUCGACCAGGUCAAGCGCGAUGAAAAGUAA